GAAGGAAUCGAGUACAGAAAACACCAUUGUCUGCCUUAAAACCCCUCCAUUUUCUUUCUUUCCCAACUUGAGGUGUUUAUGUGACCAUUCUCAAACACUUUAAACACGGGUUUUGGGGGUCUAUGCAUGAAAUUCCCACGGAGGAGUGAUGUGAUAUGAAGUAGGACAGUUAUUAGAGGCUUCCCCGGGCCGUCGCGAAGGUCAACCGGUAGUAAAAGAGGGGAAUACAGAUGGGGACAUGUCGGCGUCUGGCAGGGAUGGCGGGACAGGCAAGGAACAACAUGCCAAAUUGUCGUACUCAGCCUCCUGUGCUUGCCGAUUUAAUUCCGACCCAAAAAGCUGUUUUCUCCACCCCAAUAACUGGUUUCGUAUAUUGUUAUCGUUAAAAAGGGUAAUCACUGGUGUUUUUGGCACUAGUUAUGGGCCAGAAAUCGGUAAAUACGAUGAUAUAAGUACGAUGAUCUGGCAACUGUGGCAAGGACAGAAAACGGGUACUGUACUAGUCCCUCCCUCCCCGAUUCCCUCAGUCACCGCCCAGCUAGGAAAGGGAGUGUACGUGUCUCUGUGUCUCCUGUAAUGGCAGCUUCUCGAUCCUACACCAAAGCAGUUCAGAGCCUUGCCAGCCGCCUCUGUGCAGCCAGCCCGCGCGUCUGUGCCCCGGCUGUGCCCACACAACGUCCCCCCCUGCUGUCACGCCUCCAGGGGCAGGGGCGCGUUACCCUGUCACCAUGGGUCACGAGAGCGUGUGGGUACUGCAGCCAGCAACUCGCCCACUCCACCACCACCACCACCCGCCACCCCUGCCCUGGCGCCUCCCACAGCACCUCCCGGACCCCGCUCCCCUCCCCCAGCCACCAGCCCCUCUCGCACCCCCCCACCACCUCCCCGCCACGCCGCAUCAACCGCCGCACCGAGCUGGACUUCGAAGAGCUCCGCGCCCUGCAGGUCGCCGGGGACAUCGCGCUUAUUGAUGUGAGGGACACGCAGGAACUGGAGAACUACGGAGAGAUUCCCGGCUCGCUCCACAUCCCCCUGUGCAAGAUCAAGUCGGCCCUUCAGCUCAGCGAGGACGAUUGGGUGCGGGAGUACGAGGUGGAGAAGCCUCACCAACUGGACAGGAACCUUAUCUUCUACGCACGCGGCCCCAACGCCUCCAGCACCGCCGUCGAAAUAGCGCACAGACUGGGCUUCAAGAGGUCAAGGCACUACACUGGUGGCUGGGAGGACUACUGCAGGAGGACAGGACUACCGCUGAAGAAGGCCCAGGAUAGUGCCAGCGGUAACUACUACAUGAGUGACUUCGACCAGUACUUCCUCUAAGACUAUUGGGGAGCCCUGAGAUGCUGUACACCACCACCACUUCUACUACCACACCUACUGCUUCUACUACAGCUGUUAAGUGGUUCAGGACAAUCUGGGCAAUUCCAUACAGACCAGUUGGAUAGUUAUUGAGGUAUUAAGUCAGCCCUCACCUCAGCAUGUAAUAGAAGGAAAAGCUUAUCACAAAAACUGUGUCCUAGGCUUUUAACUCUGAUCAACUUUUAACGUUUCUUAUAAGAGCUCAUGGCUGACAAAUAUCCUUAGAGAAAUAUAUAAUGCAAGCAAAGUUUUAUGACCUCAAGAAAGCUAUCCCAUGAAAUUUGUAUCCUUAGCUUAUGACUCUAAUCUACCUUUGAUGCUUCUUUUAAGAGCUAACGGGCGACAAACAUCCCAAGAGAAAUAUAUAAUGCAAGCAAAUGUUUAUGUCCCCAAGAACGAUAAGACACAGCACACAAUAUUUUGGCUCUGAUCUCCAAAACUUAAAAUCGCAUAAAUGUCUGGAAUUGCCACGAUUGUCUGGAACACCUUUAUUUACUACUGCCACUUCAACUUCUGCUAACUACCGAGAAACUGCCGCCACUGUUGUUGUUCUAGUAUACUUGAAGGUUGUAUCGUACGUGUCGUGUUUGACGGGAGUAGCGUUUUACUCUUACUUUUUUGUUCUGAAUGAGUAGCUGUCAGUGGGAUUGGUGUGUGGUAGCAGUUGGUGAUGGUAGUGGGUGUGUAUCUUAUGAAAUGGUUGUAGUUUGAAAGUUGUGUCAGCUGAGGAGGAGGCUAAUGAUGGAUGAUUAUGAUGAAUACUGAAGAAAAUAUUUAAUGAGGGUGAGGAUGAAAAUGAAUAAUGAAGACGAGGAAGAAUGGAGGAUAUAUUUAAGUCAGAUAAUGAUGAUGCUAAAUAAUGAAAUAGUAAUGGCAAGUUGUGUGAGGGAAGAAAUGAUAAUGAUAAUAAUGAAGAAUUUACCGUGAAAACUUGCCACGAGAGAAUGACGAAUGAAGAAAGAUUUAAUUAUGUAAGAAGAAGAAGAAAGAAAGAAGUAGCAAAAGGAGAAAAAGAAGGAGGAGGAGGA